AAUGAAGGGUUUGGUGCUGUCCUUGGCGCUCUGCGUCCUUGCUGCUACAAGCGUGUCAGCUCGUGAGGAAGACAACCUGCGCUUUCUCGCCAAGUACACCACGACCACGGCCAUUGUCCUGAGCACCCUGACGAGCACGGUGCCUUAUACGUGCUACAAUAAUCUCAACGACCAGGUCUGUCUUGGGAGAAGACUUCGCCGCCUUGUCAAAAUGGAGGACCUCGAAGCUGAGCAUUCGGAAUCCAUGUCCCUGGACGGGUCCCAGGGCGAUUCGGUCGCAGAGCUGGAUGAGCUUGAGCGCGACGUCCGAGCUGCAGGCGACGAAGACGACGAGAGCGCGAGGGAUGGGCGCGUGGCCCUUGUAGUGUGGUCGACCAGCUCCUCCACCUACACUAUCACCUCGAAAAGCACCAACUCGUCUACGACUUUCUCGCUCUCCUACUACUGCACGGCCGUCGGCGCCCCGAUGGCUCCCGCCUGCUGAGCGCCCCCGCCCGCUCUGCAGACGAGCACUGCGGACCGGCUCUCGCACCUGCCCACUCCCCUUUCUCUCGCUGUCUCUCUCGGUCUCUUCUUCGUUCGAUUUCCCUCUUUCUCUUUAUCCCUUAUGAUUUUGUUUUUCUCUCUCUUUCUCUCGUGGGUGAAAUGACGUUGUUUCUUAUUGUAUUAUUUUUGUCUUUGUUUUUACCAUGCUGCUCUGGUUUUUACCCCAUUUCUGAGGAGUGGAUGUUUGUUUGACAUUGAGUUUGUUUUUAUUUAUUAUCGCAAGGGUCAUAUUUGUAAAUAAACGCACACUAUUUUCGUA